GUGACAUCACGUAUAGUAACGCGCGCGAAGUGCCGUCGCCGUCGCCGUCGCCGUCGAUUUCCCAUAACAUUUCCUAAUUUCGAUUCGAAGUGAUAUAUAGAGCGGUAACAAACGGUCGGUUCUCAACAGUGCUUCCGACGACGAGUGAUGUGAUUCAGGAAUGCGCCGAGCACGAUCGUUCCGUGACACCUAUCGCAAGGAAAAUGAAGCAACGGCGUAUGGUCGAUCUCAUGCUCUCUUGGCACCUGGAUAUCAGAUAUCAACGCUCGGACGCCGGUUCCUGAAUAUAUCUUAAAAAACCGCACGAAACGCGCAACCGACCCAACCCUCCCACCACCCCAAACCCACCCCCCCACUCCCCCCCAACAUACAAAAAUUUCAACUAGACAUGUACCAAAAAUGCGUAUGUUUUAUAUUUCUAGUGAUCCUAGCAAUAUUGAGUUGUUCUGGUUUCCGCAUAGAUAACCUCGCGAUGACGGAUCUGACCAAAAAAAAUUUCCAAAUUUCCACUCGCGCCAACAGCGAGAGGUACUUCCGCGACGACCGGUCGCACCGGAUCAGACACCACAGGCUGUGGAGGAGCCAAGCGCACAAUCGAUACCCCAACAACACGAAACCCCCGCAAGCCGACGCCGUCGUCUACCCCCAAUCCUCAUCGAAAUCGUCCAACAACAACAAACUCGUGUGGCCGUACAACACCUCGUCGGACGCCAAGGAGUCCGUCUAUUCGACGGGUUUCCCCGACGAACGGUUGGCCCAAAUAGCCCCGACCGACGGCGGGGCGGUGGUGUCGCGGCCGCACCGCUCGCAGGGCUCCCAACGCCACACCAACACCAAGACCAACACCAAGACCAAGACCAAGGGCAAGGGCAAGAGACCUUGGUUGCCGCACCAGCCCGACGAUCUCUUCACCAAGGCCUACAAGGCGCGCUUCGUGAUCGCCGCGAAGCUGGAAUCGAAGGGUUCGUGUAGUUAUUACGUGGAGGUGAAGAAGGACUUCAAAGGGAACGUGGGGAAGGAGUUUUAUCACGUGAACAAAGCGUACAAACGAAUGUUGAACGGUAAUUGCGAUCUAGUCAGGCGGAUGGACUUCUCCAAGAAGUAUUUGUUGUUGUUGAACGAAACGUUGGGGUUGAUCGACAAACCCAAGCCGAUGCGUAAAUUUAGAAGGUCGAUCAAAAGGCUGAAGAGAGUAUGCAAGCCUGGGUUCGAACCAACGAAACCCGUAGUGGAAUUGAGAGAAAUCGAAGAGAAUAAGAAGAAGGAGCCGAGAAGAAGGAAGCUGGUGUGUAGCGUGAAAGGGUUCCCGCCUCCGAAGAUCACGUGGAGGCGGCGGAACGAGGUCCUGCAUGAUAGCAGUUCGUUCAAAAUUCUGUACAAAAGGAGGCAGAGCAAGCUGGAGAUCAAGAAGGCGGAUGCAGAGCAUUUUGGCCAAUAUUAUUGCAUUGCAGAAAAUGCCAAGGGAGAAACGACCACGAGAAAUUACACCUUUUUGCCUCCACCCAGUGAGAGCGAUAAGGAAUGUAAGGAAGAAUUAAAAGCCGUGUUUUGUUCGAACGGCGGAACGUGCUUCUUCGAGCCAGUGAUAAACGAGCCUUCUUGCAUUUGCCCGGAGGGUUUUACCGGGAGGCGAUGCGACGAGAAGACCCCGAGCAAUACCAGUAUGUAUCCACAACCUGAUCUAUACUCUUGUAAAUUAGGCCUAGCGACAAAAUACAAUUGCAAAAAUAACUGACCCGAAUUAAUCGAGUGGCGGACAUUUUUUUUUUGUUUUUUUUUCGAAAAGACGGCCGGAUCCGAACAUUUUCAUUCGAAAAGAAAACGUGUAAAUUGUUACCGAUAUGUACAUAAUGCAGACAUGAUAUAGAAACGGCGGAAAAGAGGACUGUGUAUAUUUGUAAUAAACUAUCCUAAAUGUAUAAGACUGUUAAAUGAAUUAAUAUUGAUGGUUUAUGGAGACAGUUAAAGCAGUCGUUUAUUUUGAUUCUAAGCUUUUUACCAAAAUUCUCCCUUGUUACGCCACUGGGCGCUUCGAUUGUUUUAAUGCGAGGUUGCGCCAGGCGCUCAACGGAAGGUAAUAUAACUAUGAAAUUAUACUCCGUUCGCUAUCAUGAGAUAAAUUUAUAUGCAAAAAUUUACUCUCAAUAAAAAUGUGCAUUUUAGAUGUUGCGUUGAAAGAUUAUUAGAAAUUUAUUUUGCAUUAGUUUUUUAAGUAGAUUUCAAAAAAUGCAAUAAAAUAUAGGGUGUCCCAUAAUUUUCAUAACUUUAUAUUUUUAUAUCGAAAAUGGGUCAACCUGUAUGUGUCUAAUUAUUAAUUUUAUAUUAUACACGUAGGCAUUUAAGCAGAAAUCUCCUGAAAAUUCCGUUGAGCAUGGCAUGCCCUGUAUAUAAAAUUCGAAUUGAUACGAGGGGUAAUAGACAAAUUGUUGGUAAAAUGAUUAGCUGUAUACCUAUAAAAAUCAGGGACCGGUAUUUACAUAAUUUUUUUUGUAUAAAGUCUUGUAGAUAUUAUUAUAUUAUUUAUUUAUUACAUCUUUUACUCACAACAAAGAUAUCCGAGAAAAGAAACUUAUAACAAAAAAAAUAUACAAUAGUUGUAAAAUUAAUAAACAAACGUUAAAAAAAUUGUGUUAUUUCGCUAUCAAAAAUCCUUUUCGAUGAACCUGGAAAUAAUCUCCGUAUAGGUACGUAACGAAAGUUUUGCCUGAUUUUUUUAUUUAUUUUUAUAAUGUAUUUUAAUUUUUUGUUGUUUUUUUAAAUUAAUGUAUUAACAAAUUAGUCGUUUCCAAAUAUCUAACUUUACUAAUUUUAAUUUUUCUACUAGACACCUAUACUUUUUAGAUUUGUUGUGAGUUCCAGAUGUAUUUUAACAUGAAACCCUGUAUAUGCAUGCUAUAUGUAGUUUUCAAUCAUUCAAUUAACGGCGUUCGAUUGGCAUUUUAAGUUUCCUAAAACCGAGUCUGAAAUUAUUAUUAAUCCGAAUUAUUUCAUUAUCCCUCCAAGGAGGCAAAAUUAACCCCUGCAUUAACAUUAAUACUUGGAUUUUUUCAGAUACUGAAUAUACUACAGUGAGUUUUCGUAGUUAAAUUGUUCGGAUUCUUGAUGAAAGAGUCGCCGAGGAAAAACGGAAGGAAAUCGCGGAAUUGAUGGAAGAUGUUAUACUAAUACCAAAGAAUUUACGCAUUAGUACGCAAAAAUGUACAUACAUAGUAAUACAAUGUCUUUUUUUAAAAUGCGGACGAUGUAAAUACUCACAACCUAAUAUUUAUUUUAUAAUUUUAUUGAAAAAUAUAAAUUACAAUAGCUGUGACGUGGAUCUGGAUGGGAAGAUGGCGUUUGGAUAGAGUAGAAAUUAAGGCAGGAUUUCCGAAAAAUUGCAAAAAUAUAGCAACAAAUUAGUUAUCAGGUUAAACUGUUUUUAUUUGCUGUGGGGAUGUGUUAUUUGUUUAUAUUCAAAUGCUGCAUUAGAUUUGUCCUGUUAGGUUAUCAACACCCUGCAUACUGUUUUUUUUUUGUAAAUAUGUGUUUAAGGAUACUCGCGAUAUGUGAUAUAGCGUCGAAUAGCCCAACAAUAUCUUAUUAUUUCUAAUGUUAUUUAUCGAAUUCGAAUCUCCGCUUGUCCGGCUAUUCGUCGUGUUGUAGUUAAGUUUUUAUUAUUAUUACAUGUGCUUGUAAAAUUAUUUAUUUAUAAGCUAAUAAAUACAUAUGUAUAUGCAAAUAUUUAGCUGUUAGAUGUUAAUUUUUUUGUAGAACAAAAAACGCGUUGUUGUAAAAUAAUUUAUUCGAACUGAAAUUUGUAAUAUUAUGUAAAUUUCUUUAUGAAAAAUCCGUUAAUAUUACAACCCCUUAUUAUUACACUUGCGAGAAAUAUUGUAUUUUGAAAAAUAUAACUAUAACCAUGAAUGAAAUUGUAAUUUAAAAGAUUUAAAGGAAACUAUUUUGAGAGAACAUUCGCCAAAUUGUUAUUUUUAUUAUUUUCUAAUGAAAUAUUCGUUUGGGAAAGCUGUAGAUGUGAUAAAUUAAAACAACACUUUCUCUGUGAAUUUACAAUACAUUCAGUUUUUUUCCUGUUUUGAAAAAUAAUACUGACAUGUAAUUCUGCGAAUUCGAAAUUUUUAAAUCUGUACCACACCAAAUGUAGCUUGGCAGUUGAAAAUUAGCAACAGAAUUUGUAAUUUAGCUAACUGCAGGAAUAAAUUAAAAAUUCGUUUUGAAAAUUUGAAUAAUUUGAACAUUAUGAACAGGGUGGUAUUAUUAUAAAUAAGCAUUUUAUGUACUAAAGUGGCCUGCUUUGGGCAUGUUAACGUGAUAAAUAAUUAAUAAAUUAAUUUGUAAUCCAUCUGAAAAUAAAUAAACUUCACCACUGGAAUUCUUGCGAUAUUUACCCUUCGAUUAAUGAAUAUCAAUUGAACUCUCUUAACCUACCCUCUUCUAUUCUUUAAAUUUUUCUACUGCGCACUUGACUUCUUAAAAAUUCCAAAUGCCAAGCUAGAUUUGAUGAGGUAAGUUGUAAAUGUAAUAUCCCUUCUAAUACUGUUUAUAUGAGGCUUGAUGUUGCAAAAAAACGAAAAUAUCUCAUUUUACUGUAGUCUAUUAACCAUAUAAAUCUUGUCGCAAUUUUAGUAUUUAUUUAAUAUUGUUGUUAAAUUCGCGGGCUUCUACGAUGUCGCGCCUCAUAUUAAAUUUACUUACACACUAUUUUGUUGAUUUUGUAACGCAAAAAGUAUGAAAUUUACAGUGAUGAGAGAUUUAUUCG